UCGAUUUUCCCUCAGUCAGUCCGAAGCGGUGCGGAAUCACGUCCAGACGUCGUCGUCGUUCGGGGACAGCUCACAACCCAAAAUAAAGUUUACAACUAGGGUAGCUUGUAUAUCUGGUGAAGAUUUCUGAUUAAUUUCAACGGAGAUAAACAAAUAUUGCCGACUCGUUUCCUGACUGAAAAUCGACUUUGGCGCGAAUAAGAAAAAGUAACCACUUCGUACAUUUUAAUUUUAGUUCAAAUCGGACUGUAACCGAGUUCCGCGACAUGUGCUUCUAAUUAACCAAUUAACCACGCCACGGGUUCAGAAACUUGCAUUACAGCCCUAGGAAAGUCAUCGGUCAACCGGCAGAACGAAUAUAAUUAGCAAGUGCGACAAACUUGCAGAUUAUUCCUCGCCUCGAAAAGUGUAAUGUGUAGUGGGCAAAAGUAGAGCAAAUCAAACCUCAGAAAAGCGAAAUCCAAACUUCAAACUACAAAGCAGGCGGAAAAAUCGAUAUCAAAAGGGGAGGAAACUCCAUCCGAUGGUGUUUGGGGUGGGAGAGAAAAACCGUGAAGAGAGAAGAAACAGACAAUAACAGAACAAAAACAAAAAAAAACGGCGGGCGCCACCCCAAACCAUUUGGCAUUUGCAUACUUCCAGGGGAUCGGGAGCGCCUCGUGUCGUAAGGAAGAAACCGAGUUCGGAAAAACCACGUGCUGGGCGGCAAAUCAUGACUCUCCCGAAGAAUAAGGACGAAAGCGUUCAGCCGGAUCCGAGUGCGGCAAUCGAAAUCGCAAGUGCCAUUCCCAAAAAACGACAACAAUUGCUCAAAUGGAACGGCUGGGGUUACAAAGAUUCGCGUUUCGAGUAUACCAAUGGAAUGUUGAUUUUCACUGGCGAUAGGUAUCCGAUCGGAGGGUCCCUCUCGCUGCCAUACUUCAAAGACUACGUGGAAAAGUACCUCAAUGUGAAUCUGAAGGAAAAAUGUCCGGGCAAUCCGCUUCCCGGACAGUAUCCUGAUCCGGUCCCAUGUCCGGAUUUCUUGGCCGAGCUUGCUCACCACGGGAUCGAGUACAGUGUCAGUGGAGAGGAUCGGUUGGUGCGUUGUCAUGGCCAAUCGCUGCACGACAUCCACACCUUGCGCAGUGGUCAAUUUAAACGAAUCCCGGACGUGGUUCUGUAUCCCAGGGGCCACACUCAGGUCGAGCAGAUUGUGCGAUCGGCCAAUGAGUUCAAUGUGGUUGUGAUACCGUACGGUGGCGGCACAUCAGUAUCGGGAGCGUCAACCUGUCCUGAAAAUGAGCGGCGUCCGAUAGCCGUACUUGACACCAGUCAGAUGAACAAGUUGUUGUGGAUUGACAAGGCAAAUUUGAUCGCGUGCUUCGAAGCGGGUAUAAUUGGACAAGAUCUGGAGCGAGAGCUGCGGAAAAUGGGAUUCACCGCAGGCCAUGAACCGGAUAGUUACGAGUUUAGUAGUUUGGGAGGUUGGGUAGCGACUAGAGCUUCCGGUAUGAAGAAAAACCGUUAUGGCAAUAUUGAGGAUAUCGUGGUUAAGGUCAAAAUGGUUACAACGAAAGGUGUCCUGGAUAAAAACGUUACCGUUCCGAGGCUCUCUUGUGGGCCGGAUUUCAAUCACGUCAUUCUUGGAUCCGAAGGAACCCUCGGUGUGGUCACGGAAGUUGUGAUCAAAAUACGUCCACUGCCACAGCUGAAGAAGUAUGGUUCCCUAGUGUUCCCGAACUUCGGUGCAGGGAUCCGUUGUCUGCGGGAAGUUGCCAAAGAACGGUUGCAACCUUCUAGCAUAAGGUUGAUUGACAAUGAACAGUUCGUGUUUGGACAAGCACUGAAACCUCAGGGAGGAUUCUUCUCUAACAUUGCCAGCUCUCUGCAGAAGUCGUACAUUACCCGAAUCAAAGGUAUGCAGCUGGACAAAAUCGCAAUCGCCACUUUGGUGUUCGAAGGCCAUACCGACGAUGUGAAGAGGCACGAGCAGAAGAUCAUUUCCAUUGCCGGCAAACAUGGUGGAUUCUCGGCCGGAAGCAAUAAUGGCGAAAAGGGCUAUAUACUCACGUUCGUCAUAGCAUACAUCAGAGACCUUGCUCUGGAGUACAGUGUGGUGGCGGAAUCGUUUGAAACGUCAGUUUCGUGGGAUCGGUGCGAAACACUUUGUACAAAUGUUAAAAGUCGAGUUAAGAAGGAAUGUGCCAAAUACAAUAUCAACCAUUACCUCGUUUCGUGCCGGGUGACGCAGUCCUACGAUGCGGGGGCGUGUGUCUACUUCUAUUUCGGCUUCAAUCACAGCGGCUUCUCGGAUCCGGUACACGUGUACGAAACGAUCGAAAAUCACGCCCGGGAGGAGAUCCUGUCGUCCGGUGGAUCGAUAUCGCAUCACCACGGGGUGGGGAAGAUCCGGUCCCGCUGGUACCCGCAAACCGUGUCCGAAACCGGAGUUCAGCUGUACCGAGCCACCAAGAACGAGCUGGAUCCCAAGAAUAUUUUCGCCGUCGGCAACUUCUUGCCUGCCUGCUCUAGCGGUUCGGAUAGCGUUGAGGGUCACGGGGAACCCACGCUUAAAUCAAAACUUUAAUUUUAUGCUGCUCUAGAGUGUAAAAUAUUUCCUCUUUGAAAACGGUUUGAAAUAGUGCAAUUCUUAGUUUUAAUAGCGAAGACAUUCCUUAUUAGUGCUUUAAAUAGGAAACAUAUUUGUGUACUGCGGGUGGCUUAUUAAUGCU